CUCGAAAUUCCAGGGACUAGAUUAAGGGUAUCAAAUGUGAAUGCCCCCUAUAGCUAAUGCCAUUUGCAACACCUCCAAGUCCUAAUCUCCAACAUGGCUCCCACUCCGAAAUCGAGCGAGAAGAAACAACAGUCACUGACUUCAUUUUUCACACCAAAAACCGUCAAUGGCUUGGCAGCAGUCUUUGAGAAGCAAAGCCGAGCACAAGCAGCCAAGUCGCAGCCGCAAUCGCAGCCACAGUCAUCCAGCAAAGAUAACGAGUCGCCCUCGAGGAAACGAGCUUUAGAUGAUGCGGGAAAGGAGAAUGAGAAGCCUGGAAAGACUCUGAAAAGAGCUAGAGUUAAUGACACUCCCGCCAAUGAAGACACAAGUACACUUUUCUCCAGAUCGAAAGCUGGCGAUCAAGAGACCAUAGGGACACGGACAGAAAGAUACCGAUAUGACGGCUCCAGUGCACCGACCACCCAAGAUGGUGACAAGAACACGGAAUCGAUCCAGAAUGAGGAUGAAGAUGCAGAAGAGAGGCGACAACACCAGGAGCUACAUAAAAGAUUCGUCAAGAAACUCGGCCACCCAGAUGCACUCGCAUGGCGUCGCAAUCUCCAAGAUGCUGCACCGGCAGGUGAAGAUGAAGAUGCCGACGCUGAUGAAGAGGAUGCUCCAGCCCCUGCAAAGACGAAGAAGAAGGGUUCCAAGACAGGCAAACUCACCCCUAUGGAGAUCCAGUUCCUUGACAUCAAAAGAAAACACAUGGACACAAUCCUCAUCAUGGAGGUGGGUUAUAAAUUUCGAUUCUUUGGCGAGGAUGCUCGUAUAGCGGCCAAGGAGCUGAGUAUAGUCUGCAUUCCAGGCAAGAUGCGUUAUGAUGAGCACCCGUCAGAGGCUCAUUUAGAUCGCUUUGCCUCGGCGAGUAUCCCGGUGCACCGUCUUCCGGUACAUGCAAAGCGCCUGGUAGCUGCCGGACACAAAGUCGGUGUCGUUCGUCAAAUCGAGACUGCAGCAUUGAAGAAGGCUGGAGACAACCGCAACACCCCAUUUGUCCGCAAGCUCACCAAUCUCUACACAAAAGGUACAUACAUCGAUGAGAAUGGUGAGCUCGACCAGAGCGGUGGUUCGGGAGCCCCCUCGGGCGGUUAUCUAUUAUGUUUAACGGAAUCCAAGGCCAAGGGAUGGGGCACUGAUGAGAAAGUUGAUGUUGGCAUCAUUGCCGUACAGCCAGCAACCGGAGACAUCAUAUACGACAACUUCGAGGACGGUUUCAUGCGGAGUGAGAUUGAAACGCGGCUCUUGCACAUCUCCCCCUGCGAGUUCUUGAUCGUAGGGGAUUUAAGCAAGGGUACCGAUAAACUCGUGCAGCACUUAUCAGGCACCAGCACGAAUGUUUUUGGUGACCGGAGUCGAGUCGAGCGCGUUUCCAAGAGUAAGACUAUGGCGGCUGAGGCGUACUCCCACGUCACUCAAUUCUACGCGGACAAGCUCAAAGAUAAUGCCCAAGACGAAACUGCUGCCGCCCUUCUCGACAAAGUCUUGAAACUUCCCGAGUCUGUCACCAUCUGCCUCUCGGCUAUGAUCAACCAUCUCCAAGAAUACGGUCUCGAGCACAUCUUUGACCUUACAAAGUACUUCCAGAGCUUCAGCACACGCUCACAUAUGCUAAUCAAUGGUACGACCCUCGAAAGCCUUGAAGUGUACCGUAAUUCUACAGAUCACUCCGAAAAAGGCAGUCUGUUCUGGGCGCUCAACAAGACACUCACGCGCCCAGGACAUCGCCUACUCCGAAAAUGGGUAGGACGUCCCCUGCUCGAUCAACAACUUCUCGAGGCCCGUCUCAACGCCGUUGAGGAGCUUCUCGAGAAGCAAUCAACCGUUCCUGUAUCCCAGCUUGAGUCACUUUUGGCCAACACCAAAACCGAUCUUGAACGCAGUCUUAUCCGCAUCUAUUACGGCAAAUGCACACGUCCAGAACUCCUCUCAGUGCUUCAGGCCCUCCAAAGGGUUGCAAGUUACUACUCAACCGUCAAGAGUCCUUCUGACGCCCCCUUCUCUUCCUCUCUCCUAAACGAUGCUGUCUGUGCACUUCCACAAAUUCUUGACACAGUUGUGUCCUAUCUCGAGCGCAUUAACCUUGUCGCAGCCCAGAAGGAUGACAAAUAUGGCUUUUUCCGUGAUGAAUUUCAGACAGAGGAUAUGCAAGAUCAUCAACUUGGUAUCGCUCAUGUUGAGCACGAGCUAGAUGGUCACCGUGCUGCCGCCGCUGAAAAGAUCAAGAAGAAGACUGUCGAUUAUGUCACUGUUGCUGGCAUCGAAUAUCUUAUUGAGGUGCCCAACACAGAUAUCAAAAACGUCCCUGCUUCUUGGGCCAAGAUUUCUGGAACGAAGAAACUCUCACGCUUUCACACACCCGAGGUACUUCGCCUCAUCACGGAACGCGAUCAACACCGCGAGGCCUUAGCUGCCGCCUGUGACAAGGCCUUCACAGAUCUGCUCGCCUCCAUUUCUGCAGACUACCAGCCUCUUCGCGAUGCCGUAUCUGCUCUCGCGACCCUCGAUUGCAUUCUCUCACUCUCUAAAGUUGCCGCUCAGCCAGGCUACUCUCGACCCUCAUUUCUCCCAUCAACCGCCGACCCAACUAUCUCUAUUACUGGCGGUCGUCACGCUAUUGCUGAGCAUACUCUUGACGGCGGCUACAUACCCUUCUCUACCAGCCUCAUGCAUCCUUCACCUCUCGCUCAUCUCAUAACUGGCCCCAACAUGGGCGGUAAGUCUUCUUUCGUCCGCGCCCUUGCCCUUAUAGUUCUCCUUUCUCAAGUGGGCUCCUAUGUCCCAGCCGAUGCCUUGUCUCUCACCCUCUGUGAUGCUAUUCAUACACGAACGGGGGCUCGCGACAAUCUCUUCGCCGGUGAAUCUACAUUCAUGGUUGAGGUCUCUGAAACAGCCCGUAUCCUUCGAUCGGCCGGCCCCCGAAGUCUGGUCAUUCUCGACGAGCUAGGCCGCGGAACCAGUACUCACGAUGGCGCCGCCAUCGCUCAGGCUGUGCUGCAGCAUGUCGUCACUGAAACCCGCUGCCUAACACUCUUCAUCACGCACUAUCAAAAUCUAGCGCGGGUAGCUGAAGGUCUGGAUGGUGUCAAGAACGUUCACAUGAAAUUCAAGGCAGAGAAGGGAGAGGAUGGCGAGGAACAGGUCACGUUCUUGUACGAAGUUGGCGAAGGUGUUGCUCAUCGAUCUUAUGGCUUGAACGUUGCGAGGCUCGCUCAUAUUCCCAAGAAGGUCAUUGAUGUUGCUGCUCUGAAGUCGGGGCAAAUGGAGCAAGAAAUGAAGAUUCGUCGCUUCAGGGGUGUUUGCCGUGCCUUGUCAGACGUAAUACAUAACGGGCCGGAUCAACUUGACCAGCUGGUAUCGGGCAUUGAACAAUUGUAAAUAACAUCACAACUAUACUACGUACUGUUUCGGGGAUUCGAUAGAAGAAAGAAAUAAAAACCCAAUGUCAGAAUGACUAAUUUCCCAUAAGGUGCUUACAAUGUCUUCUGUCUUGAAACCCCGUAACUCCAAUGUCAAAUGAUAUGUCCGUCUCCCCCGGACACCAAAGUCCACCUAGUUAUUCUUUUCUCAUGACACCAUUUUAUAUGCCUCCUUGAAGCCCCAAAUUCCCCAUACUGAUCAUCUGAGCGCCGUUAAACAUUGUCCCAAGUUAAUCGAAACUCCUAAUUGUUUCCCCACCCGGUACCAUUUUGUUAAAAGUUCAAAAAGAAUAAUAGAAUGUCAAAAACGCAAGUCGGUAGAAAUAGGCGUAG